GGUUAGGGCUUGAACCCCUCCAAGCAAACAACCACCACCGCCAUUCCAACUUUCUGGCGUGUUUUUGCCGCCCAGUGUUUGUCACACGUGAGAAACGAAACUCAGAACGAUUGACACAGAUAUAAGAACAGUUUUUUAAACACAAAUCCUGAUUAAAAUAUGGUGGUUCGUUCAAGUAUUAUAUGUUUGUUUAACAUAUCAUGAUAUGCAUUUUAUUGACUCGGUGCCGUUGUUCCAAUGAUAAGGAGGGCGGCCUUGUUUAGAAUAUAUCUCUUCGGAUUGGCAUUUGUCUCCGCUUGGGGAAGAUUGUCGCAACCCAUUUGCGCUUAUAGUUUUGGCUUCAGAGGCUUCCAAAAUAUUUUUGCUUCCCACUAAAGAUUCAUAAUUCCUAUGCUUUUCUGGAUACUCAACUGAAAUUUUCUGAAUCGAAAGAAGCAAAAUAUGGCUACCUAUUUCCCGAGUCCAAACAAUCAAAGAGAUGUCUUGCUGACUCCAUAUCCUGGGGAUCAGAAAUUUGAUUCAAAUUCUGAACCGCCUUUCCAUCCUAGCAGCAACAUAAUGAUGUAUCUGAACCAAGCUUCUUCUGUGUCCUACUCAGACAUCUUGUCUGUGAGUACUCUAUCCCCUGUUCCCCAUGGAAACUCUGUUACUGGAGAUUCUCAGGUGAUCCCGACUCCGAGGACACAGCUGGGAUUUCCAGACGGUGAACAAAAUAUUCAGUGUCAGGGAUUAGCUCUUAGCCUUGGUACAGGAAUGCCAUCUGCAUCUGUAGCUUUACUCAAUGGCCAGUAUCCAAACCCAGGUUUGUCUUCAUUCUUGAGUACUAGUCCCCCAUUCUCAAGAAAAGGGGAAAUAUCUUGUAAAAGUGAUGAGAACAACCAAUUUGAGGAGUUGAUAAUUGCAGAAUGUUUGCUCUCUAGUUUUUCUGGAGCCAACCAGAAUCAUACCAGAACAGAGACAUUGUGCAAUCCUCAUUCCUUGGACUCCAAAGAGGCGCUAUCUAAUCGAUAUCUUUAUGAACCAUUAGGUUUCGCAAUCACAUUGUUAAACUCAAAGUAUCUCAAGGCAGCACAACAAUUGCUUGAUGAAGUGGCUAAUCUCUGGAAUGCUUUGAAGCAACAUAGAUUGAACAAACAUCAAAACAUCCCUGGCAUUGGUUUGGAUGGCUCAAAAGAGAAAGAUGGGAGAUCAAAUUCUCAAUCUGUGCAGAUGUCUUCAGACCCUGGCGACUCAACUACCAACUCCUUUUGCGAGCUUUCACCUGCACAACGACAGGAUUUGCAUAAUAAGAAGAAAACACUUUUGUCCAUGGUGGACGAGGUUGAUAGAAGAUACAAACAAUAUUACGAUCAGAUGCAAAUUGUAGUGUCAUCUUUUGACAUGGUAGCAGGGUGUGGGGCAGCUGAACCAUACACUGCUCUUGCACUCCAAACAAUUUCCCGCCACUUCCGCUGUUUGCGUGAUGCAAUCACCAGCCAGAUUCAAGUUACUCAGAGAAGCCUUGGGGAGCAAGAUACUUCACCAUAUGGUCAAGGAGGAGGGAUACCUCGUCUCCGCUAUGUAGAUCAGCAGCUCAAGCAACAUAGCGCUCUUCAACAGUUCGGUGUGAUGCGACAUGCUUGGAGGCCUCAAAGAGGGCUUCCUGAGACUGCCGUUUCAAUUCUCCGUGCCUGGUUAUUUGAGCACUUCCUUCAUCCUUACCCAAAGGACUCGGAGAAAAUUAUGCUCGCAAAGGAAACGGGAUUGACCCGAAAUCAGGUUGCAAACUGGUUUAUUAAUGCACGGGUCCGUCUUUGGAAGCCCAUGGUUGAGGAGAUUUACAAAGAAGAGUUUGGGGAAUCAGAGUUGAACUCCCAAUCUUCACCAGAGAAUGCAUCGAAAGCACCUAGGGAUCAUUCAGGGGAGUUUGAGGAAAGGAGAGAAGAGUUGCAAGACACUGUGAUACCCACAACUGAUGAUGCUGUCCAUCCCGGGCAAGCCCAUGAAUCAAAUGUUAAUGGGGAAACGGCAAGACCUGGAUUUGGUAGUAGUGCUGACAAAGACAAUAUUUCAGGGUCAGGAACGGUAAGAGUAUUGGGUGACCAAAGACCUAACGUGGAUGACCAUAGCCUUUAUCCAGAUGAGACUAUCCCACACCGCCAAGUUGGUGGUGGGAGUCUUGUGGCUUCUGCUGCCACGUUUGAUAUGUUAGAGUUGGGUAGUUUUAUAGAUGGCAGCCAGGUUUCACUUGCAUUGGAAUUGCGGCAUUGUGAACGUGAUGGAUUUCCCAUUUCUGGUGGCACUGAUUUAAGAGGUAAUGACACAAUAACUUCUUCUGCAGAGCCUGACUCAUUAGAUAUUCAGUGCCUGGAUCCGGGGAAACAACAUCACAGGUUUCACAAUUCCCACCUGGUAUUAUGAUUUUGUAGUCUGAAACAAGGAUUUCCUAUUGCUUUAUUGGCUAAAAUCAAUCUUCUUCAGAAAUAGAAUGCCCUGUGAUGUUACUCUGGCAUUGUUCAUCCUACUUGCUUAUUGUUUGAAGAUACAAAUAUACGUGUAGAUAUGGGUACGAUAUUACACAUUUUAAUAGAUCAGACGCAUAGAUAUUUUUGUGCAUUUUGUUGAAUAAGUAAUCUUGUAAAACUAUUCCCAAGUUUGACAUUGAU